GGCCCGUUUUCGUCAUACAAUGAUUACUCGAUUCGAUCCUUUUUUUCUUUGUAUCAUAAUUCAAUCAACUUAGGUUUUUCUAAGCUGUAACUUCAAUCAAAUAAGAAUAGUUUCUUUCGUUGAUAGACUAUUCCAGUAAGAUGGAAUCCAAUGCGGUUCCCAAUAUUUUUUUCUGAAUUCUUAUCAACCAAUUCCUGUUCCUGUAAUGUAAAAAAGAACAAUUCGAAAAUUUUAAUAUUGGGCCAUAUUUUUUAAUGAUAAUGAAUCUGUUUUUAUGUUAUUUCGUACUGUAAAAUUCUUUUCCUUGUGGGAUCAUUUUCCCCCGAGAAGUAAUGAGAACAAUGAUAGAAUGGAUUGCUACCUAUGUCUAGAUCGCGGAUAAAUGGAAAUUUUAUUGAUAAAACCUUUUCGAUUGUAGCCAAUAUCUUAUUACGAAUAAUUCCAACAACUUCAGGAGAAAAAGAGGCAUUUACUUAUUACAGAGAUGGGAUGUCAGCUCAAUCCGAAGGGAAUUAUGCGGAAGCUUUACAGAAUUAUUAUGAAGCUAUGCGACUAGAAAUUGAUCCCUAUGACCGAAGUUAUAUACUGUAUAACAUAGGACUUAUCCACACAAGUAACGGAGAACACACGAAAGCUUUGGAAUAUUAUUUUCGAGCGCUCGAACGAAACCCAUUCUUACCACAAGCUUUUAAUAAUAUGGCCGUGAUCUGUCAUUACCGGGGAGAACAGGCCAUUCAACAGGGGGAUUCUGAAAUUGCGGAGGCUUGGUUCGACCAAGCCGCUGAGUAUUGGAAACAGGCUAUAGCACUUACUCCUGGUAAUUAUAUUGAAGCGCAUAAUUGGUUGAAGAUCACUAGACGUUUCGAAUAAAAAGGAGAACUUUUCUUUAUUAAAAAUGAAAAAAUUUCUUUUUUUUUUUUUUAGUUAUUAAUA